CUUGUCCCCCGCAGCACAAGGGAACAACCAUCGCCAGAGCACCCAUGGCCGCCGCCGCCGCCGCCGCACGGUCACGGGCCGCCGCCGCCUCGUGGGCACGACUGCUGUCGCACCACGUCGCCGCAUCCAGCUCGCUGGUACACAGCCACCUAGGCACGCGGAUCGCUCCCCAGCGCCGCCACCUGGCCUUCUCCUCUGCCGGGACUCCCGGCGGCGGCGGCGGCGGGGCUAGGUCCCAGAAGAUUCCGAUCCAGAACGAGCGGGUGGUCCACGAUCUUCUGCUGGAGGUGGAGCGCGAGCGCCAGAGGGAGCGCGAGGAGCGGCGCAAGGAAGGGGAGGAAGUGGGCGAGGAGGACGAGGAGGCCGAGGAGGACUACUUGGGCGUGAAGCCGCUGAUCGAGAAGCUGGAGCGCCGGAAAGCCAAGGAGGACAGCCUGCCCGACGACACCUUCUGGGAGCCCACCGACUCCGACAGCGACGAGGACGACGAGCGCUUCUCCCCGGACUCCAUCAAGCGCCGCGUCGACGAGUUCGACCGCAAGUGCAAGCGCCACUCGGAACUCCUGCGCUCCUUCGCCCAGGCAGAAACCCUUGAUGAUGCUCAUAAGCUGAUGAUCAAAAUCGACAAAUUCGAGCAGCGCCAUUUGAAAUUGCCGUUGGAGUACAGAGUUAUCGGGGACAUGAUGAAUCGCCUUAAGGAUGCCACGGGGAAGGAGCGCUUCAUUCUCCUCCAGAAGCUGAACCGUGCUGUUAGGCUGAUGGAGUGCAAGGAGGCAUACGACCCCAGUAACCCUGCCAAUUUCGGGGUUAUUCAGCACCAGCAGGUUGGUUCUCCAGAUGAUGUAAUUGACAAUGCUGGAUUUGACAAGGAGAAGCAAAUGAUCCAAGGAGCAAACGAGGAGGAAGAUAACGAGGAAUUUAAUGAAGUUAAGGAGAAGGAUGACCUCCUCAUCGAGAAGUUGAAUUCUAUUGAAAAGACGAUUGAGGGGAAGUUGGCAGACCUGGACCAUACGUUUGGUAAAAAGGGCAGAGUUUUAGAAGAGGAAAUAAAGGAUUUGGUGGAGGAGAGGAACUCCCUCACGGACAAAAAGAGGAGACCUAUGUACAGAAAAGGUUUUGAUGUCAAGGUCAUUGACGUUAAUCGGACAUGUAAAGUUACAAAGGGAGGCCAAAUCGCAAAAUACACGGCAUUGCUGGCAACUGGAAACUACCACGGUGUUGUGGGGUUUGCAAAAGCUAAAGGUCCAACAGCCAAGAUUGCAAUACAGCGGGCUUAUGAGAAAUGCUUCCAGAACCUACACUAUAUGGAGCGUUAUGAAGAACACACAAUUGCUCACGCGAUUCAGGCCAAAUAUGAGAAAACAAAGAUUUACCUCUGGCCUGGACCAAUGAGAAGCGGAAUGUGUGCCGCCGGCAGAACUGUCGAAACUGUGAUGUAUUUAGCUGGUUUUAGCAAUGUCAAGUCAAAGAUUAUUGGAUCAAGGAGCCCACUUAAUGUCAUCAAAGCUCUCUUCAUAGCAUUAAACGCGAUUGAAACGCCAAAGGACGUUGAGCAGAAGUUUGGACGAACUGUUGUCGAGUCGUAUUUAUUGUAGUCUGUCUGUUUGAUGAGAUGAGGUCGGCUCUGCUUGCUGUGGCGAGGGAAGACCGAAAGGUAGAAAGUAACCAUUUGAGCUCUGUUUGUAUUGCUGACUCCAGCGAUUUGCCCUGUGACCGGUCCCUUGUGAUCAGGUACUGUAAUCUCGUAACCUGUCUGUUUGGCGACAGAAUUGAGGGCACGUUUGGCUGGCGACUGUUUUUUGGGUUCUACUAGCAGAGAUUCUCCUUUAUGCAAAUGCUGUCGUGGCGAGUGACAGAUUACUUGUUAAAAGAUUAAAUUAUUCCAAAACUUGGUAGAGAGAAUAAAAACUGAUCUUUUAUGCUGUUU